GUGAGCCCUGCAGCCCAAAGCAGUAGGAGCUUGUCUUUCAAUGACUGAGGGAGAGGGCAAUGUAGGCACAAGGAUGCCUCUCUUUUGCCUCAGCCUGCUGCUUCUCUGGGGGGGUUGCUUAGGAUGCCAGCAUCCCAUCUGUCGGUGCACGGAGAGGGCGGCAUUCAUCUGCCAGGAGAGCAAGGUGACCUACGUGCCCCAGGACAUCCCCCAGAACUCCACUGAACUGAUAUUUUUUCUCACCAAAGUAAGAGUCAUCCCAAAAGGAGCUUUCUCAGGAUUUGGUGAAGUUGAAAAAAUAGAAAUCUCCCAGAAUGAUGCCUUGGAAAGGAUAGAAUCGGAUGUCUUCUCCCAGCUUCCCAAACUCCAUGAAAUAAGAAUCGAGAAAGCAAAUAAUCUUGUGCAUAUUGAACGAUACGCUUUCCAGAACCUUCCCAAUCUCAGAUACCUGUUGAUUUCAAAUACUGGCAUCCAAUUUUUACCUGAUGUCAACAAGGUAUACUCUUUCCUGAAGGUUGUGCUAGAUAUCCAAGACAACAUACAUAUACGCAAAAUUGAAAGGAAUUCUUUCCUGGGCCUCAGUUCCGACCGUGUUGACAUAAGACUGAAUAAAAAUGGAAUUCGGGAGAUUGAAAACCACGCCUUCAAUGGGACCAUCUUGUCUGAGCUAAAUCUGAGUGGCAAUUACAACCUAGAAAAAUUACCUAAUGAAGUUUUCCAAGGAGCCAAUGGCCCAGGAUUUUUGGAUAUUUCGGAAACCAAGAUCAGCCAGCUGCCCAGCAUUGGACUGGAGAACAUUAACAAGCUGGUAGCAAGAUCAACCUACAAUUUAAAAAAGCUGCCUGCAUUGAGCAAGUUUCGUGCCUUGAUUGAGGCAGACCUCACCUACCCAAGCCACUGCUGUGCCUUCGCGAACUGGACCAAGCAAAAUUCUAUAUUGCAUCCCAUAUGUAAUAAGUCAUCUAUCAAACAAGAACCUGAUGGGACAGAUUUUGACCUGGAUGAAAAUGAUUACUAUCACAGCCUGUGUAAGGAGGAGGUUCAAGUUACUUGCUUCCCCGAACCGGAUGCCUUCAACCCAUGUGAAGACAUCAUGGGCUACAAUAUUCUCCGAGUCCUCAUAUGGUUCAUCAGCAUCUUGGCCAUCGUGGGAAACCUUGUGGUGUUCAUCAUUUUAGUCAGCAGCCAAUAUAAGCUCACAGUCCCUCGCUUCCUCAUGUGCAAUCUUGCAUUUGCAGACCUGUGUACAGGCAUCUACUUGCUGCUGAUUGCGAUCAAAGACAUACAAACCAAAACUCAGUACUACAACUAUGCCAUAGACUGGCAAACUGGUGCUGGCUGCAAGGCAGCUGGCUUUUUCACCAUCUUUGCCAGCGAGCUUUCCAUCUACACUCUGACCGUCAUCACUUUGGAGCGAUGGCACACCAUCACGUAUGCCAUGGAGCUAGACCGCAAGGUCCGUUUCCGCCAUGCGGUGGUCAUUAUGCUUAUGGGAUGGGUCUUUGCAUUUACGGUGGCCCUCCUUCCCAUAUCUGAGGUCAGCAGUUACAUGAAGGUCAGCAUCUGCCUACCCAUGGAUAUAGAAACUCCCCUUGCUCAAGCCUAUAUCAUGUUUCUGUUGGUGCUGAACAUCCUGGCCUUUGUCAUCAUUUGCACCUGCUACAUCAGCAUCUACUUCACCGUGAGGAAUCCCAACGUCUUCUCAUCUAACAGCGACACCAAAAUUGCCAAACGCAUGGCCAUCCUGAUCUUCACAGACUUCCUCUGCAUGGCACCGAUCUCCUUCUUUGCCAUAUCAGCAUCCCUCAAGGUCCCUCUCAUCACGGUGUCCAACUCAAAGAUCCUCCUUGUUUUGUUCUACCCCAUCAACUCAUGUGCCAACCCAUUCCUCUAUGCGAUCUUCACCAAGACAUUCCGCAGGGAUUUCUUUAUCCUGCUGAGCAAAUUUGGCUGCUGCAAAAUGCAUGCUCAGAUUUAUCGAACAGAAACCUCCUCCUCUGUUCAUACCUCCCAUAUGAAAAAUGGACAUUACACCCCAGCUGCUAAAAGCAGCGAUGGAACUAUUUAUUCCUUGGUCCCUUUGAAUCAUGUGAACUGAAGCAGGGUUUCCAUGGAUUAAUGGAGUGAUCAAGGGGUUAUCUUGCUUUCGCAGGGAGACACAAGCAAUUACAAAAGAAGACAGAAGCUUCCCCCAAUCUGCCACUACCAUCACCACUACACUCCAAGAUAUAACAGCCCAAGAGGCUUUGACAGUCUGUUGGGCUAAGAAUGCCUAACUGCAUAAGAACAUAAGAACAGCCCUGCUGGAUCAGGCCCAAGGCCCAUCUAGUCCAGCAUCCUGUUUCACAGAGUGGCCCACCAGAUGCCUCUGGGAAGCCCACAGACAAGAGGUGAGGACUCUCUCUUGCUGUUGCUCACCUACAACUGGUAGGGUUAGUGAGGCAAGAUUUGCCUUGCAGGGAGAAAAAAUUCUCUCUGUCUACUCUCUCUAUUCCAUGCAUACACCUCUGUCAUUUUUAUUUUCAAUCCCCUUCCUAAUGAUCCCCAGCAUGGAAUUUGCCUUUUUCACAGUUGCUGCAUACUGAGUCAACACUUUUAACGAGCUGUCCACCACGACCCCAAGGAUCUCUCUCCUGGUCAGUCACUGACAGCUCAAACCCCAUCAGCAUAUAUGUGAAGUUGGGGUAUUUUACCCCAAUAAGCAUCACUUUACACUUGUUAACAUUGAACCACAUUUGCCAUUUUGUUGCUCACUUCCCCAGUUUGGAGAGAGCAUUUUGGAGCUCCUCACAAUCGCUUUUGGAUUUCACGACCCUAAAUAGUUUGGUGUCAUUUGCAUGUUGUAUUGUGAUGGAGUCUCUUGAUUGCGAUAACUGCUGCAACACAUUUUGUGUCCCAGUACAUACACACUAAUCAACACACUCCACAAACCAUCUUGAUUUUCAGUGCCUUGAUUUUCUAUUUUUGCUGAUGCCUGUCACCAAAGGUCAUAAUAAUUGCUUCAGGCUUAUUUAGUAAAAAAUAUGUAGAUCCUCUCUCCUGAGUCAGACCACUGGUCCAUCUAGUUCUGUACUAUCUACUUCAGCUGGCCUCAGGUCUCUAACAUCUCAGUGUCAAGCUAGUGGCUAAUGACAUCGAGGCUAUUCACACGAUGGUAGGAAAUCGGGCUAGCCUCCACUAGCCUGAUUUUCUACCAUCGUGAGAACCACCGGGAUCGGCUGUGAGCCCGGUGAUUCUUAAGCGGGUCACCCGCUUAAGUACCCCUGCCCUAAUCCCUGGUUAGCGGAGCACUAACCCAGGCUUUCUGAUCGUGAUUUGCCACGCCGCGGCUCCAUGCCGCAUCAACUCACAAGUAGACCCCUGACCGGGAGGCUGCUUUUCAGCCUCCCGGCUCAGGGGUCUCUCCAGCAUGCCCUGCAUUCUCCGCUAACUAGAGCUUUCCAGUAGUGAGUUGCCAUGGCACACCUCCAUGCCCCAGCAACUCACAAGUAGACCCCUGACCAGGAGGCUGAAAGGGGGUCUCUCCAGCAUGCCCUACAUGCUCGUGCAGGGCAUGCUAGAGCUUCAGGCGACUGUGUGGCUCCCGAUCCUCCCAGCCCCCGCCAGCUCUGUAACAGAGCCGGCAGUCGUGUGGGUGGCCACUUUGGCCACCCGGAGCAGACUGCUGCUCGUUUGUGGGAAGAGCAGGCUAAGCCCGCUCUCCCUGCUAACCCUCCCCCAGAUCUUCUCACUAAUUGUGAGAAGAGCCUCAUCAUGUGCUUAAACCCGUUUGUGCUUAAACCCAGAAGCACCUCCUAAGCAAUUAAAAGCAGCCACGGGGGUGGGCAGUUCUGAUCAGCACUCAGUGCAUGGGGAAGUUAACCUUUUCUUAUCAUGUGGUUUUCCAAACAAACAAAAAAGCUGUUGUUUUCAGAUAGCCUUCCCUUCUCCAUGCACCGUGGUCCUAACUGGAAUAUCUCCCCUGGCAGCUUUUAGUCAAGUGAGAGGUAAUUGUAGCAUAUUUUAGCAAGUAAGAGGUUUUAGCAUCUUUCUUAUUGAUCCUAUUGGCCACCUAUCUACUUUGACCCUCAAGCUACAUAUUUUCCCAGUUCUGUAAUUGUGCUGAGAUCAUUUUCUGGACUGGAGAGGCCAGGAAUUGAACCUGAGCCUUCUACAUGCAAAAUGUGUGCUCUACCACUGAGUCCAGCUGCUCCACAAAGUUGUCAUGAUCAGGGCUGGCCUUAGGGGUGAGCAAACUGGGUGGUUGCCUAGGGCACAAACUUGGAAGGGGUGCCAAGCUGAACUUAGUGGCUUGCUGUUAGUCGAGUGUGCUAAGGAGAAAACAAUGGAUAAACCUAUUAGGCGGGAACACCAAAGGCUCUUCUCUCCCAUAGUGCUGCUUAUCUUAGGGCUGGCCCUAGUAAUGGUAAUACAUGUCAGGGCAGGUAUUGCAGAUGUUGGCCUGCAACUCCCAUCAACAAAGAUAUUGGCCUGCAACUCCUAGCCACAAUGGUCAAAAGCCAUUGUGGCUGGGAAUGAUGAGAGUUGCAGGCCAACAUCUGCGGACCCAAGUUUGAGAACCCCUGUAUUGGGCACCCUGGGGCUCAGACCAGAAGCCCUGCAGGCAGGGUAUCAAGCCAUUAAAAUUUUGGGUUCCGCUUAGGUUCAUCAGUCUUUUUUAACUCUCUGAUUCAGUUCCAGUUCAGAUGCUAACUUUCAAAAGUGAUUCAGAAACCAGUUCAGACACUUUUGAAUCAGUUUAAAUACAUUGCAUGAAGAAUAUCAAACUCUUUUGCUUGCAAAGCAACACUAUGAAACGAACACAAUGUUAACUGUUUAACUUGAGAUAAGAAGUAUUUAUUAUUUUUAAAAGUGUAUAUUUUUAGAUUUUUUAAAAAAAUUACAAACAAAAUGCAUACAAAAGAUUAAGAAACAGGGAAAUAAAACAUUAAUCAUAUAAUUGCAAGCUGGCUGCUUGAUUAUUGAAUGACUUAUUUUGAACUGGUUAACACUGCUUGUGUUUAGGGGUGCAGUUCUGGGCCAGCUGCUUUGUGAUGGAGGACAACAGAAAGGAUGUUUCCAGACAGUCGCCAUAUUCUGAUGUACUAGGAAACCGUAGGUCCUAUCACCUCCAGUUUCCCAAGCUGCACUCCCGAAUUGAUGAAACUGGAGUUAAGGGUGAGAAGACACCCGCUGUUUUCCUUCCCAAACUUCACUCUGAACCUUUGGUCAGAGUGGAGUAUCACCAUCCUUACCUCCGGAUCUGCAAUGCCAGCGUUACAUCCGAACACUAGCACCACAGUUUGGGCUCCAUGGAACCAGAGUUGAGGGAGGAAGCUCCUCCCUCACUCUGGUUUGAUUGGCUGUGUGGGCUGUCCUUCUGUCAAGAAGGAAGCUUACACAGCCAGGUCCUACACCUCUCUGAAAUCUCACUGAAUGCAGAGAGGCAACUCUCCCGAACUCAUGAAAGAGUACAGGAGAAUGGAGGGAGGGAUGUAGAACUGCAAGUCCAUUGGACUUGUGGUUCCAUGUUACGUCUGAAGGCAGCCAGAGGGUCAACUGUUGCAGUUUCAGACAAUGGUAGUCUGCUGGGCUGUGGAAAGUGAGUAAAACUUGGGUGAUUUUCUGGAACACCCAAAGAAGAAUGAAAGAGAAUUAAACGUGUAAAGUAAGGCAAUCUAAGUUGCAAAUAGUUCCUCAAAUGGUACCUGCUAGUCCAGCACAAUUGGGCAGAUUUCAACAAAGGGGAAAUACAGUACAGACAAGGCAAAGUUUUAAUGCAUAGAAAAAAGAGCCCAAUGCUUAAGGGACAAGCCAGCGUCUAAUUGGCUGAGCAAAAGCAGAUCCGGUAAAGAUAUAGGGGUUAUAGUGGAUGAUUAGCUGAUUGAGUAUUUUUAUAUAGAAUACCCAUGAGUAGGGAUGUUUACACAAUUCCCCACAUCUGAAGCUCUCCCAGCAGUUUGGAGAUCUGAAUUAACUAAUCUUGUUACAAAAUUGGAAUUAAUACAUUAGGAAUCCUCCACUGUUCCAUUUUCAAUAAUAAACAAUAAUAAAAUAAUUCCAAAUUGUGUUUGAGAGCUGUGCAUGUGCAUUUUGUCACACCGUUCAGUUUCUUCCAUUCAAAUUACAUCUUUGUUCCCCAUUGACAAAGUAUUGCAAAAAAAUAUAAGGCUAUAAGAAGAGCUUUGCUGGAUCAGGCUCCAGGCCUAUCUAGACCAGCAUCCUGUUUCCUACAGUGGCCCACCUGAUGCCUCUGGGAUGUCCACAAGCAGGAGAUGAAGGCAUGCCCUCUCUUGUGCUGUUGGUCCUUUCAACUGGUAUUUGGAGGCAUCCCACCUCUCAACAUGGAGGUAGCCUGUAGCCAUCAAGACUAAUAGCCAUUGAUGGACUUCUCCUCCAUGAAUUUGCCCAAGCUCAUUUUAAAGUCAUCUAAGCUGGUGGCUAUGACCACAUCUCAUAGUAGAGAAUUUCAUAGAUUAUCUAUCUAUCUAUCUAUCUA